CCUCAGGAAACCCCGAUGGAGGAAGCAGGAAGUUUGUCCAGCAAGAGAAGACGCGUCGGAGCACAAACAAUAUCCAAAGAAGAGAAGAAAAGUGUUUCAGGGAGCGUUUAACAGAUUUACAACAAUGGCUGGGAUUAAAGCUCUGGUGGGUCUUUCGUUCAGCGGCGCCAUCGGACUGACGUUCCUCCUUCUGGGCUGCGCGCUGGAGCAGUUCGGGGUGUACUGGCCGCUUUUUGUGCUGAUUUUCUACGUGUUGAGUCCCCUCCCGACCUUCAUAUCCAGACGCCUGAGUGACGAUGACUCCUCCAGCAAUGCAUGCAGGGAGCUGGCCUACUUUUUAACGACAGGGAUCGUGGUGUCGUCUUUUGGCCUCCCCAUCGUCUUGGCCCGAAACAAUACGAUCCAGUGGGGUGCCUGCGGCCUGGUGAUGACGGGGAAUGCCGUCAUCUUCCUCACCAUCCUUGGCUUCUUCGUCAUCUUCGGAGGCGGAGACGAGUUCAGCUGGGAGCAGUGGUAGAGCGUGUGAUAAGCACUCGGGCAGACGGGGCGGGUCGUCGGACAGUGAGGCCAAGCGGACGGCAGAUCGAGGGGCACGUUUGUUCUGCGCUGACUCGGGAGGGUGUGGAAAGAACAAAACCUUCACCAAGACGAUUUUUCUUUCAUUCAAGGGAUCAGGGGUGUUUAGAUUUAACAGGCAGUACUUUUUAUGCUUAUGAAUGUGCCUUAAGUGUGUGGGACCGUAGGGACUGCGAGGCCUCCAGCCCCUAUAGCCACCGACUCUAUCCAUUAUAUGUCAUGUGUGUCAGCUGGCCUUAGCUUAAACUCCCAAAGCGGCCUCUUAUCGAAGCCAUCAUUCUUAUCACCGUGCCUCAGUUUAUAAUUAUUUUUGGAUCCCAUUCCUCCUGAAUGGGAUCCAAAAAAAAAAAAGUUGUAAUUCACAAUGCGAGGCUAACUGUGUUCUGAAACAUGGCUUGCGUAACACAAGCGCAGUUCGCUUUUAAAAGUCGGAAGGUGUUAAACGACGGUAGGACACAAGACUGAGGCGUUUCUCAAUUCUCUCUGUAUUUUUUUUUUUCUCAAGACUUUUUCAAUUUUUUCUCUGGUUCUUUCUCUUCCUGUCCCAGUUGUUUACAUCUUCACCAAAGAUCACUUCCGACUGCAACAAAACAAAAUAGAUGUAUGUUGUCCGAGUUCCCUGAUUCGUCUCAUGAACAAAAAGACACAUUGCGCAAUUUGAGUAGCUCAUUCUGCUAGCAUACGCUCUGAAGCCAAGUGCACUUCUUCACGUUGAACGUAUCCAUAACCGUCUGCCUUAUGUGGUUUUUAUUUAAUUAGCAAACAAAUCACCAAUGUUUGACUUGCUUUCUCUUGAAUCAAUAUUGAUAUUCAUAUUGUGUUUGUUGUUGAUGGGAGUGAGACUGUCGUCCCUCUCAUUGAAAACUGUACUUAUUGUUCUAUAUUAUGCUCAGUUUCUUUAGCAUUAGCUUCACAUCUGGGGGUAAGAUAAUAUAUUUUGUGUAAAACUGACACUUUGUCUCUUGGUAGAAUUUCUAUCCUUUAUAAAGUAACUUCCUCACACACUAAGGAGAACAUUGAGGUUAUUUUACAAGCUCCAAUCAUGUUCUCUAACAUUUAAUAAAACUUUGUGUUGUAAAUGUG